UGCUAAAGUGAACAAGAAAUUUUGACGUUGGUAGUUGUGUCCACUGUUUGGUGGAGGUUUGUUACUGCUGUAAAUUUUAAGUUUUAAAAUACAAUAAAAAUGCCUUUUAUGAAGGGUAAAGCCCCUAUUCGGAGAACGUUACGGUAUCUUGAAGCUGGAGGCCUUAUUCUAAAGGAGAGGGUUAAAGUAUUUUGCGUUAAUUAUAAUGUUUUUGGCGAUCAUCAUAAAGGAGCAAGGGAUUUUGUUUUCUGGCAUUUACCACAGAUCCAAUAUAAGAAUCCCAGUGUACAGGUGGUGACCCUUACUAAUAUGACACCAUCUCCAUAUAUAACAUGCUUUUUUGAUACUGGGGAACGGAUGCUGAUCGAUAUUGACAGCAAAACAAAGGAAGAAGUACAUGCACACUUGAAGAAAGUUAUCUGCAAAUCUGAACAUAUCUUGGCUGCUGAGCUAAAGGCCAUGCAGAAGAAGGAUAACCCCGCUAACUUUGGGUUUGGGUGUGAUCGUCAGUGCAUCUGUGAAGUGUUGGGGCAGGUACCUUGCCCAGGACUAGUACCUUUACCAAAUCACAUGAGGGGGAAAUAUAAAUAUCCUAAAGAUUAAUAUUUAUUAUCCGUGUGUUGCGGCUUAUACGCAGUCCAGCUUUCUGUGCAUUACAGGAACAUACUGCUAAACCAUUUUCCUUGGCCGGGGUUUAAAUCCGAUACGAUAAAUGUUCAUGUAGCUUCUUCUUGAGUUGAAUGGUUCUCAUGUAUCAUAAUCACAGUAUAUUACAUUACCUUUUGGUAUAUGUUGAAAAGUUCUUUGUGUUGUUCCUUCUUGCAUCUCAGGGCUGUUAAAUGCACAGUACAAAUUAGUUUUGUAUUCAUAUACGAAGUGCGGUGAUGUUAGCUGAAAGCAUACGAUUUCAUUGUCAUAUUGUCAUAUUAAGAAAAGAAUUUGAAGUCCAGUGUCAGGAGUGCAAUUAACAGGAAGCUUGACUGCUGUUCCAUAUCCAAUUUCCUUCCCAACAUCUCACCCAUCUCUGUGAUAGUUGUACUUCGGAGAAUAAAUUGUUUUGGUAGAACCCUCAGCAGUAUCAAAGGAUUCUGUCAAAACGGUGCGUUAGUGCUGCAAGGAAAAUGUUAGUUUUAUUGCUAUUCAUACAGAAAACACGUUGUGUUAUUUUGGUGAUGGAAACAUAAAUAUCGGGAAACCAGAGAUGCUGUGUUAGGCACUAGGUUUAAGUUUAGAAAUAAAAGAAGAAAAACUUGUAUCUAGUGACUCUUUAGAAAUUGUGGGAAAGAAAAUGACAACAAGAAACAAAAAUCACUUUCAUGAACAUUAAAAGCUGUUUGCGCCAUUCAGUUCAGAAAGUUUUUGUCUUUACAUCUGCUGUCUAAAACUGUGAGAUUCAAAUAUACCAAACCAUAAUUAUAUCUGUUGUUCUGUAUGAGUGUAAAACUUGGUGUCCCACCACGAGGAAGAACACAGAUUGAGGUGUGAGGACAAAAUUUUUUAACCAAAAAAGAGUAACAGGAGAAUGAAGAAAAUUGCAUCAUUGUUUGUAUCCUUCAGACAUUAUUAAGAUGAUGAGAUUUUCAGAGCUUGUAGCGUGAACAUAAAAACGAGAAAUGCGUAGAGAGUUUCAGUCUGAAAAUGAAGGAAAGAGUCUGCAUGGGAGAGAGAUGUGUAUAUUGGAGCGUAAUAUGAAAUUGGAUCUUUGAAUCUUUAAAUGAAUAUUGUGUGGCAGUGUGGACUGGAUUCAUCUGGCUCACGAUGUAGAACAGUGAUGGAUGUGAUCUUGCGAAAAUAAAAAUGAACAUUGGAGUUCCAUAAAAUGGAAUUUUGUGAUCAA